ACCUUUAUCUCGUCUUAAAACAAAAGAAAAAAGAUAUAAUUCAGACCACAUGUAGAUAGAACCGGAGCCGCUGCUGUCUGAGUUCCAACUCAUUCAUUUUUCCUUUUCACCUUCCUAACUGCUCUUUCCAACAUGCUCUACUUCAACUCAAUUGUGAGAGGAAUGUCUGUUCCACACACUCCUUUGACUCAUAUUCCCAACAAUUAUUAUUCAAGGCAACAACUUUUGAGCAAUAGGUUGGAUUGCGCUUGUACAUUUUCCCCUCCAACAAUCCCUAAAUCAACAUUGUCUUUUUCUGUUGAUGCCGAACACCACAAUGUUGAACAAGAUUCUUUUGAUUAUUUGAACAAUGUCGACUCUCUAAAAUCUAAUGAUAAGGAGAGAAUGAGGAGAAUGAGAAUAGGACUAGCAAACAAAGGAAGAGUACCUUGGAAUAAGGGAAGGCAACACACUGCAGAGACCCGUGAGCGAAUCAGGAUGAGAACAUUAGAGGCUUUGAAGGACCCCAAGGUGAAGAAAAAGAUGGCUGAACAUCCCCGUUGUCAUAGUGAUCAGAUCAAGGAAAAGAUAAGUUAUUCUCUGAGACGUGUCUGGGAAGAGCGACUGAAGUCAAAGCGGGCAGGGGAGCAGUUUUUCCUCUUAUGGGAACAAAACAUAGCAAAUGCAGCCAAGAAAGGAGGGAGUGGUCAAGAUGAGUUAGAUUGGGACAGCUAUGAUAAGAUAAAAGAACAACUUGAGUUCCACCGAAUUCUGCAGGCAGAGGAAAAGGAAAAAGAAAAGCUGAUGGCAAUUGUUGGAGCAAAUAAAUUCUUUCAUUUGUGGACGGAAAUCAUAGCCAAAGCAGCGAAGAAAGGAGGGAGUGGAGAAGAAGAACUUGAUUGGGAUAGCUACGAAAAGAUAAAAGAAGAAAUGAUCCUUCUCAAUCAGCUUCAGCGUAUUACAGAGAAGGCAAAGGCCAAAGAGAUGGCAAAAAUAAAAGCGGAGAAAGAAGCACAGAUAAAAGCGAUAAAAAAGGUAAUGCUCACUCAAAAGAGAAAAGAUCUCCGAGAGAGGACAAAAGCUAGAGAGAAUAUAAAGAAUCAACCAUACAAAAAUGCAGAGGAAGACAAAUGUGCCGAGGACGUUACUCAAGAAUUCAAACUUGGCUCUAAAUUAACUAAGAAUCAUGUAAAUAACAUCAUCAGAAGUGAAGUAGCUAGAGAAGGAGACGUUAUUUAUUCCAAUUUUCCAACUCACGGUAAAUUGGAUUUAGAGCUUAUCAGAAGAGAGAAAAUGCAGAAAAAAGUAUCACUUGCAGAUCAGAUACAGGCUGCUAAAGUCAUAAAGGGGAAACUCCAUUGAUAUGGAAUCUUAUUUGCAUUCUAAUCUAUGAUGCACGGACACGUGUCGCGUCCGACACCAACACUUGUAAUUACACUGAAUUAUGUUAUUUUUUUAAAUUAUUAGCUGUGUCGGCGUGUCAGUGUUGUGUCCGGUGUCCGUAUCCGUGCUUCAUAGAUUCUAAUACAGGUUUACUUGAAAUAUUGUGUAUGUAUUUUAGUUUGUACCAUGUAACAGAAUAGUGUAUGAGGUAUAUGCAAAACAAUGUAAGCAGUUUGUUUGUUGUAGACUAGGAAACUGGUCUGAGUAUUUUAAUCUUGGGAUAUCCGUGCUUUAAUUUGGUUUUGAAUUUCAACAUUUUUGUUCUUA